CAAAGCAUCAGAAGAAUAGCGUAACAAAACCCUGAAAGCAGAAAAACAAGCACCUGAAACUGAAACGCACACCCCGAAAAUAAUGGACAACAAACCCAGAAAACGCGGUCGAAAACCCAAGAAAACGCAGGCUCCAGAAACUAUGGACUUCCAAUUCACCACCAACACAACCCAAAACGACAACGUUUCUCUCCCCUCCACUGCCACCGCCACCACCGUUGUUGCAGAAACCCCUAGCACUAGCGUUAGUCCUACUCCCCCUGGUCGUGGCCGUGGAAGACCUAGGAAAAUCGGAAAACACGCUGAAAUAUCGGAACCCAAGUCUCCAGAACGGAGGCUGACACGCCAUGGAGAGCAGAACGGGGAAUUCUAUGCUCCCGGUGGUGAGAUUAGGCACAAUAAUAUGGUGGGGGUGGUUGCAGCGGCGGAGUGGGAGAGUGUGGUGAAAGUGGUGCCGGCAAUGGAUGCUGUGGUGAAGGUGUUCUGUGUUCACACUGAGCCAAAUUUUUCAUUGCCAUGGCAGCGGAAAAGGCAGUAUAGUUCGAGUAGCAGUGGGUUUAUUAUUGGGGAAAGGAGAGUGUUGACAAAUGCGCAUUCCGUCGAGCAUCACACUCAGGUUAAGCUGAAAAAACGAGGGUCUGAUACCAAAUAUCUGGCUACUGUCUUGGCUAUUGGCACCGAGUGCGAUAUUGCAUUAUUGACGGUUAAUGAUGACGAGUUUUGGGAGGGGGUUGUCCCUGUUGAAUUUGGAGAUUUGCCUGCCCUUCAAGAUGCUGUUACUGUUGUGGGUUACCCGAUUGGGGGUGACACCAUCUCUGUGACAAGUGGUGUUGUCUCACGCAUAGAGAUACUAUCUUAUGUGCAUGGAUCAACUGAGCUUUUAGGGUUGCAGAUAGAUGCAGCUAUAAACUCUGGAAAUUCUGGGGGGCCUGCCUUUAAUGACAAGGGCAAAUGUGUUGGUAUUGCAUUUCAAUCUCUGAAACAUGAAGAUGUGGAGAAUAUUGGCUACGUUAUACCCACACCUGUUAUAGUACAUUUUAUCUGUGAUUAUGAAAAGAAUGGGGCCUAUACAGGCUUCCCAAUUCUUGGAGUUGAGUGGCAGAAGAUGGAAAAUCCUGAUUUGCGAAUGUCAAUGGGGAUGGAACCUGAUAUGAAGGGUGUACGCAUUAGAAGAAUUGAACCAACAGCUCCAGAAUCUCAUGUUUUGCAGCCAUCUGAUGUUAUCCUAAGUUUUGAUGGGGUUAAAAUUGCUAAUGAUGGAACAAUUCCAUUCAGGCAUGGAGAGCGAAUUAGUUUCAGUUACCUUGUUUCUCAAAAGUAUACUGGCGACAAAGCUGUGGUGAAAGUUCUUCGCAAUUCAGAGAUACUUGAAUUCAACAUAAAACUUGCAACACACAAACGGUUGAUCCCAGCACAUAUCAAGGGAAAACCUCCUUCUUAUUACAUUAUUGCUGGAUUUGUUUUUACUGCUGUAUCUGUGCCAUAUCUGCGUUCUGAGUAUGGAAAGGACUAUGAAUUUGAUGCUCCGGUCAAACUCUUGGACAAGCAUUUACAUGCAAUGGCACAAUCUGUAGAUGAACAAGUGGUGGUUGUUUCACAGGUUCUCGUGGCUGACAUUAAUAUUGGAUAUGAAGAAAUUGUCAAUACUCAGGUUCUUGCUUUCAAUGGCCAACCUGUGAAGAAUCUGAAGAGCUUGGCUGACAUGGUGGAGAGUUGUGCUGAUGAAUUUUUAAAGUUUGACCUAGAAUACCAGCAGAUAGUGGUCCUACACACCAAAAAUGCCCGUGCAGCAACUUUAGAUAUCCUUGCAACACAUUGUAUACCAUCUGCUAUGUCUGAAGAUCUUAGGACUUGAGAGCAAAAAAAUUACAUUCUUAAGGUACAGAACUUGCUGCCAUUUUGGGUGCCCAGUAUUCUAAUUUUGCUAUAUAACAUUUCAAUUUAUCUCAGUCUCGGAGGUUCAGUAAUUUCCUGUUUUCAUGUCCCUGCUUGUGGUUUUCUUUCUUGGUGGAGCAUUUUUUUUUUCGGGGAGGGGAGGGGGGUGUAGCAUGGUUGGUUGGUAUGUAUGUUGCACUAUUUUGUUACAGACAGAUGUCUGUUUGGUAGUUGAGGUGUGUAUUUUUAUUUGUAUUUGUAUCCACAAAUUUAUGCCGUAGCAAGUGGAAGAAUGCAGGGAGCAUUGUGAUUUUUUCUCCCUAGGUCUAGGAGAUUUUUGUUAUUGGUUUCUCCUGCUCAUAGAAUUCUGUCAGGUUAUAUACAAUUUCUUGGCCUAUCUUACCUUCAGAAAAUUAUACAAAUAGUUAUUCCAUCA